UUUUAAGUUCUUAAAAGAUAGAUUGAUUUUUUCUGAUUUUGUAACAGUAGUUACUCAAUUUCAAUCAUAAUAUCAUGAAUAACUCCCAGAAUUUGAGCUACCAAGCUGGCCAAACCAAGGCCCAAGCCCAGGAAAAAGGUAAUCAGAUGAUGGAUAGUGCUGCCAAUGUUGCACAGUCUGCUAAGGAAUCACUUCAGGAGGCGGGACAACAAGUGCAGGCCAAGGCACAAGGAGCCGCAGAUGCAGUCAAAAAUGCCACCGGCUUGAACAAAUAAAAUCCUAAUUUCGAUCGCAACCAUAUAGGCGUUUUUAUUUAAUUCCCUCUAUAAUUUGAAAUUUCACUAUUAUUUCAAAUUAGGAAAACAAUAUUUCUUAUUUAAGAUGUAUUUUUUUUUUUAGAGGUUUCUUGUUUCUUGGAUCAAGGAAAAGUAAAGUUGUGCACAUUGCCACAACUUUCUUAUUUUUUUCUUCUUUUAAUUUAAUAAAAAUGCUUAAUGUUAUUGAAUCUCUGAACUUUGUAUUUCCGAGAUGAUAUGAUUAUAAUUUUAUUAUUUUAA